AUUUAUAAAUAUUUUUUUGUAUCAUUGCAGACGGUCGUCUACAUGCGCCAAUAUGGAGUGUACAGUCAGUCGCGAAGCGUAACCUAACCUCCGCCUGACUCGGAGCCGACAAACUAAGGAAACGACGACCGAAACCAACAGCCCGGAAUCUGCGAGAAAAAAGGACGACAACGAUAACAGUUAUAUUUAGACGAAGAAGAAGGGCGGAAAAGAAGGAAAAACGUCAAAAUUUAAAGAAAAGAUAAGAACGCACGGUGCGGGAGUUUCGUGUUGCGUUCGGCCAACGAAAUUAAUUAAUUUUAAUAAAAGAAAAAGAGUGUAAAGUGAACGGUGAUAACGGGACGGACGGUUGCAUGCGUCGUUACUUGGGGCGAGCGUCGUCGUAAGGGUACCGCGCGCGCGUUUUUCGUCAAAUGGACAAACGUAAAAUGAUGGCAAAGAGGCCGAGGGUUGAAAACAUACGCGGCGGCCCGAUCAGCAACGGGCCCAUGCAAGCACGCCCUUUGGUGGCGCUUCUUGACGGUCGCGACUGUUCGAUCGAGAUGCCAAUUCUAAAGGACGUCGCGACGGUCGCCUUCUGCGACGCCCAAAGCACCAGUGAAAUUCACGAGAAGGUGUUGAACGAGGCUGUGGGCGCGCUCAUGUGGCACACGAUCAUCCUCACGAAGGAAGAUCUCGAGAAGUUUAAGACGCUCAGGAUCAUCGUGCGUAUAGGGUCGGGCGUCGACAACAUAGACGUUAAAGCAGCCGGUGAGCUCGGCAUCGCCGUGUGCAACGUACCCGGUUAUGGUGUCGAAGAGGUCGCCGACACCGCUCUCUGUCUCAUACUAAACCUAUACAGACGCACUUAUUGGCUAGCGAACCUUGUUCGAGAAGGAAAAAAAUUCACAGGUCCAGAACAAGUAAGAGAAGCAGCACAAGGAUGCGCGAGGAUACGAGGUGACACCCUCGGCAUAGUCGGUUUGGGUCGAAUCGGAUCGGCGGUCGCGCUGCGCGCCAAAGCUUUCGGUUUCAACGUCAUUUUUUACGAUCCUUAUUUGCCUGACGGUAUCGAAAAAAGUCUUGGACUGACGCGCGUCUACACGCUGCAGGACCUCCUCUUCCAGUCGGACUGCGUGACUCUGCAUUGCACCCUCAAUGAGCACAACCACCACUUGAUCAACGAGUUCACCAUCAAGCAGAUGCGGCCCGGUGCGUUUCUGGUAAACACGGCGCGCGGUGGCCUCGUCGAUGACGAUGCUUUAGCUACCGCGCUGAAACAGGGUCGAAUCCGGGCCGCGGCCCUCGAUGUCCACGAGAACGAACCGUACAACGUCUUUACGGGGCCGCUCAAGGAGGCGCCGAAUCUUUUAUGCACGCCACACGCUGCUUAUUAUAGCGACGCAUCCGCUACUGAGCUACGAGAAAUGGCCGCUUCGGAAAUUCGACGUGCUAUCACCGGAAGGAUUCCGGAUGUUUUACGAAACUGCGUCAACAAGGAGUAUUUUAUGGGAUCUUACUCUGAAGGUACAGUGUCACCUGCGACCGGUGUAAAUGGUGGUUAUUACCAAGGAGGAGCGCUACCCGUCCAACAGGCGCACUCGACAACGACGCACGAGGUUCCACAGCACGCCGUGCCACCGAACGCAGCGCCGCCGACGCCGCAGCCGCAGCCACCCACAGGGCCAGUGCUCCCGCCUCACACUUUAAAAAGUCAUUGAAAAUUCACUUAAGCUAGCUAGACCUACUAAUGUAGUAACCGUUGAGCAAUCCGGACCCGACCAACCACCACGCGCCGAAACCAGAGCCGUCGGAGGUGCACUAACACCGUCGGUAGUAAGGUUUAGAGCGAGGGACGCAUGCAGAUUGAGAGAGUUACAACAUAAAACAACAAUGAACAUCCACAACAACAACAACACACUUAAAAUUGGGCUGGACAUCGCACGUACGCGAGAAACAGAGGAAAAAAAUCGUCUAUAACUAUAUAUAUAUAUUCAUUGCGUUUGUUUGUUUCUUAUGUCUUCUUGAGGUAUACAUAUCGUCGAAUUGGAUGGAUAUAAAAAACGUUUUUACAUCACAUUUUUUUUAAUUUUGAUUCACACAUUUUUUUUUAAAUUUUAUUUCUUUACCCCCUUAUUACUUUCUACUCUUUUUUUUGUUCUCGACUCGUUUGAGAGUACGUUUCAUUCUGAAAUCUUUUCAGGUUGAUUUAUAUUCGAAGUUUUCUAUAGUGUAAUAAUUGAUAAGGCUCUUUUUUAUUUAGUAUUUUUUUUAUUAAUUGAGCGUAUUUUAAGUAUUGGUUUUUGUAUAUCAUAGAAUACUUCCGCCGAAAUAAUUGUACAUAUAAUUAUUUUUUUUUCAGUCCAAUCUUACUGUGUAUUUUGUUUUAAUUUCGACUUAUUAUAGAAGAAAAAAUAUGAAAAUGUGAUGUCAGUUUAUAAAUAUAAUAUUUAUAUAGAAGAGAAUCAAAAUAGAAGGUUUCAAAAUGAAACGGAUCUUAGUUUGUAUAAAGGUUAAUUAAAAAAACGCAUAUUGGUCACAAUAUCGAAACGAAAAAACACAAUCCACAUUGUAUUUUGUAAAGAUGAGAGAGGAAACAAUAUACAUGCUUUUUUCUUGUAUUCUGUAGACGAGUAUCAGUGCGUUAAAUUUCAUAAAUAAGUAACUCGUAGAAUAUUUUUUUAUUUACUUUUUUUGUUUUCAAUUAAUUUUCUUUUAAUGUUUCAUAACGCGGGCACAUCUCUGUUUCAACUUAAUUGUUUAUAAAUCUUUAUAAUUUCUUCUUUUCAUAGAUGUAAUUUUUUUAUAAAGAGAUAUAUAUUUUUUUUAUAUAAAAUUGACGAAACAAUUAAGUUGUUGUGAAAUGCCCAAAACUCAAUUAAUUUUAUCAUCUCUCGCUUGUUUACGCUAUAUUGUUGUUCAAGUGUAAUUUGUUUAUGAAAUUUGCUCUGGUAUUUAGAUUAUAAGGAUUAACAGAAAAAGGAUUUUUCAUGGAGACAAAACCCAGUAAUUAUAAAUACGGGACGGGGAAUUCGCGCUGCGCCCCUCUCCCGUUCGUAAUCGUUUUUAUUUUUUUUAUUAUGAGUUUUCGUUUUCUUUUGCUCCCGUUUUUUUUUCUGCUCCGUCAUGCAAAAUCCUUGGGUUGUCAUUAUCUAAGAAUUUCUAAUAAAUAAGUGCAUUAUUUUGAUGGUUAGACAUGUUGCGGUAUUUUUUAUAUAAACAUUUCUCCUCGCCAUUUUUGUGAAUACUUAAAAAAUAAACAUUCAACAUAUUAAUAAAAAAGUUAUAGUAACGAAGUUAAAGAAAUAUUUUAUACAAAGAUAUGGAUGGCGUUCCGAAAAUAUGGUGUUUCGUUCUAUUUUUUAAUCUUAAGGUUUACAAGAAUUGAGUCUGUUUAUUUAGAAAAUGCUGCUGAAGGUUAAAAAUUUUAAAAAAAUAAAAAUAAAUACCAUGCGA